CCAUUGAUGGUGACUCUGGGUCUUUUCUUUCUAGUCAUUUUUUUUUAAGUGAGAAAAACAUCCACUUUGUAAUUUAUAAUGCUGGAUAACCAAUUUUAAAAAAGAAAGAAAAACUCAACAAAAAAUAAAUACUCAAGGCUGUUGUUUGUCACUGGAUUUUGUUUCUAAGCAUCCCACUUAGACUGCUCCUGACCCUUUCUUGGUACAGUCUGUCUGGAAGGGCUGGUUUCCCUGGGUCCCUAAAUGGAUUGGAUGUCAGUGGUGAACAGUCCGUCUGGGGUGAGAGGCGGAAGGGCUGGUUUCCCCGGGUCCCUAAAUGGGUCGGAUGUCAGUGGUGUCUGUGGGGUCUGCUUCCUUGACAUUGUCUCCCAAACGAGAAGUGACCAUUAAGACUUCCGGGGGCUUAAUCUUUCAAACCUAGAUCAGCCCUGCUCAGCAAUUUCAAACAAACCCAACAAUGUGGCUGAAACUGGCACAAGAUAGGGUACCCUGGGAUGAAAGCGUGUGUUAGAGCAGCACUGAAAUCCAGAAAGCUAGAGCUGUGUAGCUUUCAUGACACAAGCAUUUGAGCCAGCACAUUUGACCAACGCUCACAACCCCCGCUUGUGCCCCCUUCCACCCCCCAAUCCCUCUUGGAUUGAUUAAAUUGGCUCAAGAUGACACCAAUAAUUGGCUCAAGAUGGGGCUUCGACAGGCCCAAUGAUCCAUAUCUUCACAUUCCCUAAAAUCAGUCCUUUCAGCUCUGUGUUGGAUUUAGGAUGGUUUACAUUGGCUCCGUCACAAACAUUUUAAUAAAGUCCCAGAGAAACCGCAAACGGGUGACAUCAUUGGAUGGUGUUAAAAAAAAAAAAAAAAAAGAGUCCAAUUUUGUAAGAGAGAGGCUGGGCCUCCAGAGUGUGAUCAGGGUCUGCCUUCCCCAUUUGGUCAUUCAGUAAUCAUCCUCUGUAAUUAGGACCAUAAUAUUUAAAAUGGGGUGCGGCAGGGGGUUGCUGGCAAAGGACAUUAGCUAUUAAGUAAAAAACAAAUAUGAAUAUUUUGACAUAAAGUAGCCAAGAAGAUGAAGGACUCUAGGGUGGGUUUGCCGCCCCAGGGCUGAAGGGCUGGCUGCCUGGACUUGGGCGGAGGCAUGUGGAGCAUUAAUGUAAGGACAGCCCCUUGUCCCCUGUCCCAGGAUACACAGACAGGACAGUGGGGCUUUGGAGCUGAGGACCCAAGCUGGAGAGGGGAGCCACUCAGAGCCCGGGGAUUCCCAUUAGGAGGGUUUCUUGCUGAGGGGUAGCCUAGAGGGAAUUUUCAUUUUCUUCUCUAUAGUAUUCUGUUCACUUACCCAGAACUUUUUCUAAGAGUUUAUAUUAGUUUUACAAUUAAAAAAAAAAAACCACAAGUAAGCUUUUUCAAAAAUUAGUGUAGCUAUUUUGAUUAUGUCCAAUGAUUGUAAUUAUAUAUUAGACUGAAAAUAUCUGGAAAAAUACAAUAUUAAUCUUAAUGGUAGUUCUCACUGGGUGGUAGGACUAGGGAAGAUUUUUGUCUUCUAUUCUUCUGUGAAUUAUUUUUGUAAUAGAUAAAAAAUUUCAAAGGAAAGGGAAACAUUGAAACCUCAAGAAAACGAAUUGAGCUCAUUUAGACAUAGAUUAACCUAUGUAUAUAGUGUCCUUCCUCUUCCUGCAAAAAAAAAAAGAGAGUUGCUGUUUUAAUUUUAGUAUUAUAUUGUAUUUUUAAAAUGCAUUUCAGGCAGAGGUGGGAGGAUCACUUGAGCCCAGAAGUUCGGGACUAGCCUGGGCAACAUAGCAAGACCCUGUCUCAAAAAAAUGCAUUUCACUCGCAUGAUUAUGAACUUACAAGAAGCAAGAUGUUUUCAAAUGGCAGAAUCCAGCUUCCCAGUUGAGGAAGGGACAGAUGCUGCGUUCCCUGCGAGUCGGGCCUCGCUGUCUGAGAGUGCUGCAAGAACUGGGCGUGACUCGGAAAUCCCUCCCAGCCACUUCCGGCGCAAGUGGCCUCUGAUAAUCAUGGCGCCCCUCAGAACAAGUGUAUUGCUGUGGAGCCUCUUGAGGAGUUCUCCGGGCGUGGAACGGGUCUGUUUGCGGGCUCGAAUCCAGCCCUGGCACGGUGGCCUGCUCCAACCGCAACCUUGCUCUUUCGAGAUGGGGCUGCCACGCCGCCGGUUCAGCUCCGACGCCGCAGAAUCUGGUAGCCCAGAGACCAAGAAACCUACAUUUAUGGAUGAGGAAGUUCAAAGCAUACUCACGAAAAUGACAGGCUUGAACUUGCAGAAGACUUUUAAGCCAGCUAUACAAGAACUGAAGCCACCAACCUAUAAGCUAAUGACUCAGGCACAGUUGGAAGAGGCUACAAGACAGGCAGUUGAGGCAGCUAAAGUACGAUUAAAAAUGCCACCAGUUCUGGAAGAGCGAGUACCAAUAAAUGAUGUGUUAGCUGAAGAUAAGAUUUUGGAAGGAACAGAAACAACCAAAUAUGUGUUUACUGAUAUAUCAUAUAGCAUACCACACCGGGAGCGUUUUAUUGUCGUCAGAGAACCAAGUGGCACACUACGCAAAGCCUUUUGGGAAGAACGGGACCGAAUGAUACAAGUUUAUUUCCCAAAAGAAGGUCGUAAAAUUUUGACACCAAUAAUUUUCCAGGAAGAGAAUCUUAGGACUAUGUAUAGCCAGGACAGGCAUGUUGAUGUCCUCAAUCUCUGCUUUGCCCAGUUUGAGCCAGAUUCCACUGAGUAUAUCAAGGUUCAUCACAAGACCUAUGAAGAUAUAGAUAAACAUGGAAAAUAUGACCUUUUACGUUCAACGAGAUACUUUGGUGGAAUGGUGUGGUAUUUUGUAAAUAAUAAAAAGAUUGAUGGUUUGCUGAUUGACCAGAUUCAGAGAGAUUUAAUCGAUGAUGCAACCAACUUGGUCCAGCUGUAUCACAUGCUCCAUCCAGACGGCCAGUCGGCUCAAGAGGCCAAGGAUCAGGCUGCUGAGGGAAUAAAUUUAAUCAAGGUCUUUGCAAAAACAGAAGCACAGAAGGGAGCCUAUAUAGAACUAACACUGCAAACUUAUCAAGAAGCACUCAGUCGCCAUUCUGCAGCUUCCUAAAAGUAUUUUUAAAAUACAUUUAUUUUACUAAA